AUGUGAGGCAGUAUUUUCUUGCCAAAUGCUUUUAGAAAAGUCAAUUGGUUUAUAAGAACAAUUAAAUCAAAUAUAGCUUGAAGUUUAUCAAAAUACUUUCAAGUGAUAAAUUUUAGAGGGAGUGCAAUUUCCUCAUACAGAGUCUAUCAUGGCAACAAUAAAUAUAGAUCUUAUUUCUUUGCCACCUUACAGGAAAGACACCAAAACCGUGACUAUAUAUAUGAAAAAUAUAAUUUUUGGCUGGCUGAUAUUUUUGUAUAG